AUGCCUGAAAUUGGUUUAUGUACUGACAUAACAUGUGAUAAUGAAAUCAAUGAAUUAUAUGAAUGUCAUUGUUGUUUACGUUCUGUUUGUUUAAAUCAUUUGAUUCAACAUGUCGAAAUAACAAAAGAAAAUAAACGACGAUUAGAUAGUCUUCGUAAUGAAUUAAAUACAGUUAUAAUUACACUUAAACUAAUUAUUGAACAAAAACUAUUUACUAUUGGACGUGAACAAAAGUUAAUUGAACAAGGAAAAAAAUUUCUUGAUAUGUCCGAUAGUUCAAUUGAUGAAAUACAAAAUAUUUUUGAACAAAUUAAUCAAGCCAUUGUAUUAAAUCGUUCAGAAAUCCACGUGAAAGACGAAGUUUCAUUCUCAGAAACUAGAAAAUGUUCUUGUAUUUGCAAAUGUAAUAAGGAAAAUAUAAAUUCAAAUGAUCAAUCAUCAUGUGGAAGUACUCGUUCGAAAUCAAAAUCUCUUAUCUGUUUGGAUUCAGCAAUAGAUACAGAUGUGGUGGAAGAAUUUGGAAUGUCAGAGAAUGAUAGAUGUUCAACAUAUAUCGAUCAUAACUCUAUUGAUAUUACAUCAUUUGAUGAAACAACAAAAUCUAUUAAGGAUCAAGAUAUUAAUGAAGAACACAAUAAAAAAAAACGAGGAGAAUACAGAAAUUUAUAUGAUCGAUGUCCAUUAACAUUUGAUGGUGCAUAUGGUCUUACUAAAGCAAAAUAUUCUAUUAAAUUUUGUGAGCAUGGAAAAAACCGUCGAAUCGGAUUAUAUCAUCAUUUUAUGAAAAAGCAUAAAUUAAAAGAAAUUUAUGCUCGACGUUUGGCACGAGCUGUUGCUGAUAAUCAAGAUCCUAUGAUAACAAAAUUAUUUGAUGAAAAUGAAGAUGUAAUUGAUCAUUUUUAUAAACUUCCAUGUCCUUUUAGAGAUGGACACACUCAAUUACCUGGAUAUAAUCAAAAAAAUAUACUUAAUGUACCAUGUCGAUUUCAUGCAAUUCCACUUAAUACAUUAAAAUAUCAUUUACGACAUUAUCAUCAUGUUUCUAAUAGAAUUUCACAAGAAUUAAUUGAUUGUUUCAAAGAAAUUCAAAUGAAAAAUGAUGUUAUUUUGUCUGAAUUUGAUCAAUCAGAAUGA